AUGGCCUGCCCCCCGCGAGAUGCUUUCCAAAUCGGCUGGAUCUGUGCCCUCCCGAUUGAGGCUGCCGCAGCCACCGAAAUGCUGGACGAGAAAUUCGGGAUUCUCGAGUUGCAAGAUGCGGCGGACUCCAAUACGUACACAUUAGGUCGAAUCGGCAAACACCACGUCGUAAUCGCCUGCCUACCCGGCGGACAAUACGGGACUACCUCAGCCACUACCGUCGCAAAUAACAUGAUUCGCACAUUCUCCAAGUCACUUCGAAUCGGGUUGAUGGUCGGUAUCGGGGGCGGAAAUCCGUCGGCUGAUCAUGAUAUACGGCUCGGCGAUGUCGUCAUCAGCUACCCCGAAGGCACUUGUGGGGGUCCCCCGAGGUCACUGCUAACAGCACUCGGCAUGAUGAGGGCUGCUGAGCUAACGGAUGAUCCUCGAUAUCCCCAAUUUAUUCGCAGCGCGACCGAAAGAAACGCGAGAACUCGGAAAAGUUUCACCCGACCGGAUACACUGCUCGAUCGACUGUUUAAGCCACAGUACGAGCAUCCUACAACCGCGCGGAGCUGUGAUGGAUGCCUGGUAGAAUGGGAAGAGCCAAGAAGUGAACGUGAGAACAGUGAUCCGCAACUACACUACGGUAUCAUUGCGUCUGGAAAUUCCGUCAUCAAACAUGGGGGGACAAGGGAGCAGCUGAGGUCGAAGACAGGAGCGCUAUGCUUUGAGAUGGAGGCAGCCGGUUUGAUGUUGGACUUUCCCUGCAUCGUCAUCCGCGGUGUUUGCGAUUAUGCCGACUCGCAUAAGAACAAGGAGUGGCAAGGAUACGCGGCCUUAGCAGCAGCAUCAUAUACGAAAGAGCUGCUGGGAUAUAUUCCCGUGGGCCAUAUUUCACAAGAGGAAUUAGCGGUGGAUGUGUGUAAUGAAUUAAAAGAAGAAAUCAGAGGCACCAAUCAACGCUUAGACCGAGCAUACGAUCAACAAGAACAACACCAUCAUGAGCAGAAAACAAGAGCCUUGACGGAUCAGCAACAGCGUUGUCACCAAGCUUUCAAGAUUGGGAAUUACACAGAACAAAAGGACAUCAAUCCAAGAAGAGCAGAAGGAACCUGCCAGUGGGCUCUACAGAGUGAUGAAUACGUCCGCUGGUCGGAGAGUUGCCACAAUGAUCUCCUCUGGGUGUCAGCCGAUCCAGGCUGCGGGAAGUCUGUACUAGCAAGAUCCAUAGUCGAUGACUACAUGCAGGGUUCUGGUCCAGCGGUGACAAUAUGUUACUUUUUUUUCAAAGACAACGAUGAACAGAACCAUCUUGCUGCAGCACUGUGUUCCGUACUUCAUCAGCUCUUCAGCCAGCGGCCUCAUCUAUUGUUGCAUGCUAUACCAUCCUGGGAAAAGAACGGGGAGAGUCUCCGACAAGAGGUUGACGAGCUAUGGCGGGUCUUUCUAACGGCAACAUCAGCUGACCUAUCACACAAGACGAUAUGUAUAUUUGAUGCGCUUGAUGAAUGCCGUGAGAUUGACCAAGAUCGAUUGAUUUUGAAGCUCCAGUCCUUUCACCGCUAUGCAUGUUCCUCGACACGGGAUACCUGUUUAAAAUUCCUUGUCACCAGUCGUCCCUAUAACCACAUCCAGAAUCGCUUCCGCGCGAUCACAGACUCUUUCCCACGCCUACACUUAAAGGGAGAGGAAGAAAAUGAUCAGAUCCAUAAAGAAAUAGAUCUAGUCGUGAAGAUCCGAGUACGGGAACUUGCGAAAACUGCGCUAUUGUCAUGGGAUAUACAACAGCGACUUGAGGACCAACUUUUACAAAUGGAACACCGGACAUAUCUUUGGCUAUAUUUAGCCAUUGAUGACAUUCAAUCUACUUUCGAGAAUAGCCUUCGGCCAACUGAGGUGUCAAUCCAACUAAUACCUCCUUCAGUGAAUGCAGCAUAUGAAAAAAUCCUCUGUCGAGUCCCAGCCGAUCAAAAGGAUACAGUCAGAAAGAUCUUGGAGAUUAUCGUGGCGGCACGGCGUCCUCUGACAAUACGAGAAAUGGCCAUGGCGUUGGGUAUUGCCACCUGCUCGGAAUCGCAAACGGCAAAACAGGCUGGCCUAGAUCCAAUUCAUUUGGACAAGAAGCUUCGGCAAUUAUGCGGCCUGUUUGUCAAUACUAAUAACUCCAAAAUCUAUCUCAUCCAUCAGACAGCCCGGGAGUUUCUCAUUGAAAAGAAAAGUUCGAAUAAUGUCAAUCUUGCAUACUGGAGCAGCCUGAGUGAUGCAGAAGAUCGGAUGGCUCAGAUUUGUUUGCGAUACCUGUUGAUGGAGGAUUUGGAAGACGACGAAGGCAAAUCAUGCUCUAAUAUCCGAAACCUCUUGGAAUAUUCAGCAGUACAUUGGGCCGAUCAUGUACGGAGGAUGGCUUUGACGUCAGGCCAAGAAGUGACCGAUCGAUUGCAUCAACUAUAUGACAUGAGUGGAAAGCGGUUCUCGCUGUGGUUUCCCCUAUUUUGGAAGGCAGUGAAGCCAUCCGAGAGAACACCCAGAAUGAAGGCACUGCAUCUGGCAGCAUUCAAUGGCCAUGAUGAGGAGAUUCGCUUCCUGCUUUCUGUUGGAAAAACGAAUGUUAAUACAGCAGACGAUACAUCAACAUAUCCGGUCAUGUGGGCCUCAUCGAAUGGACAUGACAAGACUGUGCAGAUGCUGCUAGAGCGAGGAGCCGAUGUCAACGCCCAAGGUGGAGAGUACGGAAAUGCGCUCCAGGCUGCUUGUUCGGGAGGGCACGACGAGAUCGUGCAGUUGCUGCUACAGCGCGGAGCUGAUGUCAACGCCCAGGGUGGAGCGUACGGAAAUGCGCUCCAGGCUGCUUGUUUUAAAGGACACCACAAGAUCGUCGAGAUGCUGCUAGAGCGAGGAGCCGAUGUCAACGCCCAGGGUGGACGGUACGGAAAUGCGCUCCAGGCUGCUUGUUUAGGAGGACACGUCAAGAUUGUGCAGAUGCUACUAGAGCGAGGAGCUAAUGUCAACGCCCAAGGUGGACUGUACGGAAAUGCGCUCCAAUAUGCAUGUUUGAAAGGACACGUGAAGAUUGUGCAGGUGCUGCUAGAGCGAGGAGCCAAUGUCAACGCCCAGGGUGGAGGUUACGGAAAUGCGCUCCAGGGUACCUGUUUUAAAGGACACCACAAGAUUGUGCAGAUGCUGCUAGAGCGAGGAGCCGAUGUCAACGCCCAGGGUGGACAGUACGGAAAUGCGCUCUGGGCUGCUUGUUUUGAAGCACAGGACAAAAUUGUGCAGAUGCUGCUAGAGCGAGGAGCCGAUGUCAACGCCCAGGGUGGAGAGUACGGAAAUGCGCUCCAGGCUGCUUGUUCGGGAGGACACGACAGGAUUGUGCAGAUGCUGCUAGAGCGAGGAGCCAAUGUCAACGCCCAAGGUGGACAGUACGGAAAUGCGAUCCGGGCUGCUUGUUUGGGCGGACACGUGAAGAUUGUGCAGGUGCUGCUAGAGCGAGGAGCCAAUGUGAACGCCCAGGGUGGAGAGUACGGAAAUGCGCUCCAGGGUACCUGUUUUAAAGGACACCACAAGAUUGUGCAGAUGCUGCUAGAGCGAGGAGCUGAUGUCAACGCCCAGGGUGAACGGUACGGAAAUGCGCUCCAGGCUGCUUGUUCGGGAGGACACGACGAGAUUGUGCAGAUGCUGCUAGAGCGAGGCGCUGAUGUCAACGCCCAGGGUGGACGGUACGAAAAUGCGCUCCAGGCUACUUGUUCGGGAGGACACGACAAGAUUGUACAGAUGCUGCUAGAGCGAGGAGCCGAUGUCAACGCCAAGGGUAAAGGUUGCGAAAAUGCGUUCCAGGAUGCAUGUUUUAAAGGACACCACAAGAUCGUCCAGAUGCUGCUAGAGCGAGGAGCUGAUGUCAACGCCCAGGGUGGACGGCACGGAAAUGCGCUCCAGGCUACUUGUUCGGGAGGACACGACAAGAUUGUACAGAUGCUGCUAGAGCGAGGAGCCGAUGUCAACGCCCAGGGUGGAGAGUACGGAAAUGCGCUCCAGGCUGCUUGUUCGGGAGGACACGACGAGAUUGUGAAGAUGCUGCUAGAGCGAGGAGCUGAUGUCAACGCCCAGGGUGGAGAGUACGGAAAUGCGCUCCAGGCUGCUUGUUCGGGAGGACACGACAAGAUUGUACAGAUGCUGCUAGAGCGAGGAGCCGAUGUCAACGCCCAGGGUGGACAGUACGGAAAUGCGCUCUGGGCUGCUUGUUUUGAAGCACAGGACAAAAUUGUGCAGAUGCUGGUAGAGCGAGGAGCCGAUGUCAACGCCCAGGGUGGAGAGUACGGAAAUGCGCUCCAGGCUGCUUGUUCGGGAGGACACGACGAGAUUGUGAAGAUGCUGCUAGAGCGAGGAGCUGAUGUCAACGCCCAGGGUGGAGAGUACGGAAAUGCGCUCCGGGUUGCUUGUUCGGGAGGACACGACAAGAUCGUGCAGAUGCUGCUAGAGCGAGGAGCCGAUGUUAACACCCAAGGUGGAGAGUACGGAAAUGCGCUCCAGGCUGCUUGUUCGGGAGGGCACGACGAGAUCGUGCUGUUGCUGCUACAGCGCGGAGCUGAUGUCAACGCCCAGGGUGGACGGUACGGAAAUGCGCUCCAGGCUGCUUGUUCGGGAGGACACGACAAGAUUGUGAGGAUGCUGCUAGAGCGAGGAGCCGAUGUCAACGCCCAGGGUGGACGGUACGGAAAUGCGCUCUGGGCUGCUUGUUCGGGAGGACACGUGAGGAUUGUGCAGAUGCUGCUAGAGCGAAGAGCCGAUGUCAACGCCCAGGGUGAACGGUACGGAAAUGCGCUCCAGGCUGCUUGUUCGGGCGGACACGUGAAGAUUGUGCAGGUGCUGCUAGAGCGAGGAGCCAAUGUGAACGCCCAGGGUGGAGGUUACGGAAGUGCGCUCCAGGCUGCUUGUUUUAAAGGACACGACAAGAUUGUACAGAUGCUGCUAGAGCGAAGAGCUGAUGUCAACGCCCAGGGUGGAGAGUACGGAAAUGCGCUCCAGGCUGCUUGUUUGGGAGGACACGACGAGUUCGUACAGUUGCUGCUAGAGCGCGGGGCCGAUGUCAACGCCCAAGGUGGACAAUACGGAAAUGCGCUCCGGGCUGCUUGUUCGGGAGGACACGACAAGAUUGUGCAGAUGCUGCUAGAGCGAAGAGCCGAUGUCAACGCCCAGGGUGGACGGUCCGGAAAUGCGCUCCAGGCUGCUUGUUCGGGAGGACACGACAAGAUUGUGAAGAUGCUGCUAGAGCGAGGAGCCGAUGUCAACGCCCAGGGUGGACAUUACGGAAAUGCGCUCCAGGCUGCUUGUUCGGGAGGACACGACAAGAUCGUGCAGAUACUGUUAGAGCAUGGAGCUUAUCAAUGA